AUGUUUGCUAUUUCUUUGAUAUUUGUGGCUCUUGCCAUUGCUUACUUUGCUGUAAGACUCGGCACCACACAUGAAAUAAAGAAUAAAAAAAUUCUAGUAAUCGGAGGUAGCAGCGGACUUGGCCUGGCCUUUGCUCGUGUGUUGAAAAAGGAAGGAAACAACGUCACAAUAACAUCAAGAUCAAUGGAAAGACUCGUGCCACUUGGAAAGAAAUGGGGCUUUGAAACCAAGGUACUGGAUAUAAAUGUUGUAGGCGGGCAGGAAUCCACAGACUUCGACUACAUAUUCUGCUGUCCAGGUGUCUCAUAUCCUGCAUACUUUGUCGACCAACCGCUUGAAACUUUUCAGGAUACGAUGAGUACAAACUACCUAGGGACUGUUGCCAUGCUGAAGCACUACGCAGAAGUUAACAAAAAGCCUUUUAAGUUUGUCAUGAUAGGAUCGACACUUGUUCUACUUACAUUUCCUGGGUUUUCUUCAUACUCCCCAACAAAGACUGCUCUCCUUUCGCUCUUCUGUACUGUUCGUGAUGAAAUGGAGAGGCAAGGAGUGGAGCUCUAUCUUUACAAUACGGCAUCCAUCCUGACUCCGGGCUUUGAGAGAGAAAACAAGACAAAGCCUUCAUACACAAAGGCCAUUGAAGAGAUGGUCCCUCCAUCCUCGGCUGAGGAGAGGGCUGUAGCAUUUCUGAUUGGGAUGAAAAAGAGAAGAAUGGUGGCAUCGGAUGUCUUCACAUACUUGUGCCAAAUAAGAUUUGAAUGUGAAUGUCUUAUCGACUACAUCCUAUUCCCUGUUUCUGUUGCCGUUGUAUUUAUUGUGCGGGCUUAUGUGAAAUGGAGGUUCAUGGCCGAGAAAAUGUAG